GUUAGAAUAUCCUUAUUCACUGGAUUCUGUUUUUAUUUACAUAAGAUAAAAUUCUAAGUGGCUUUAAAUGGGUUACAAAAUAUCUUUUUCUAAGCCUGAGCAUCUUCUGCCAAAACCCCCCAACACCACUGAUCUUAACUGUGGGAAAGACGGACAGAAAUUUAGCGAAGCGAGCGAUAAGACAAGCUGCGUGUCAUGUGCAUAGCGGUUCUCGCACAUUACGCACGACGCUAGGAGUUCCCUUCCUCGUGAAAACGCCCCUCCACUGUCCUCCUAUCCCUCCCGACUGUUAGCCAUCCCUGCCGGCUUGUGUCUGUCUCCUGUCCCAGCCUGCAGCGCUGCAUCUCCCGCGGCAGAGAACAAGACGCUCCGGGGCGGUGGCAGUGUCCGUCCUCGUGUUUCCUGCAAUCUCUAUGAUCACAGUCUGGACUGAGGCUUGACACCCGGACCUGACAGGGCAGGACUGUAACCCAUUUCUAUGACAACAGAGAAGGCUUUGGCUGGGGAAAUGAAGACGGCAAUGGAGGGUGACACCAGGAAAACCAAUCAGGUUCCAGAGGACCAUGGGGAAAUGGAUGAUAGUUCAGAGAAAACCCCCAGCAAAGCCUCCAAAUCCCCCCAGAAAAGUAGCAAACGCCUCAAGACCGUCCCUGUCAAAGUCACUCUACUUGACGGCUCAGAUUAUGAGACUGCAGUUGAGAAAUUUACUAAGGGCCAGACCCUGCUGGACAUGGUGUGUGGCCAUCUGAACCUGCUGGAGAGAGACUACUUUGGCCUGACUUUCUUGGACACAGAUAACUCUAAGAAUUGGUUGGAUCCCUCCAAAGAGAUUAAGAAGCAAAUUCGGGUUGGUGCCUGGGUUUUGGGGUUCUCUGUCAAAUUUUACCCUCCAGACCCAUCUGUGCUCAUUGAAGACAUCACAAGGUACUAUCUGUGCCUGCAGUUGAGGGAUGACAUCCUGUCCGGUCGCCUCCCCUGCUCAUUUGUCACUCAUGCCCUACUGGGCUCCUACACUGUCCAAGCUGAACUGGGAGACUACGAGCCUGAGGAACAUGGUCCAGACUAUGUCAGUGACUUUCAUUUUGCCCCUAACCAAACACGUGAGCUGGAGGAGAGAGUGAUGGAGCUGCACCGUAAUUACAGAGGGAUGAGUCCAGCAGAAGCAGAGAUUAACUUUCUUGAGAAUGCCAAGAAGCUCUCAAUGUAUGGAGUUGAUUUGCAUCACGCUAAGGAUUCAGAAGGAAUUGACAUAAUGCUCGGUGUGAGUGCCAACGGUUUGCUCAUCUACCGCGACCGCCUCAGGAUCAAUCGAUUCGCCUGGCCUAAAAUUCUUAAGAUCUCCUAUAAAAGAAGCAACUUCUACAUCAAAAUCCGCCCCGGAGAGUAUGAGCAGUUUGAGAGCACCAUAGGCUUCAAGCUGCCCAACCAUCGGGCCUCAAAGCGAUUGUGGAAAGUCUGCAUUGAGCACCACACCUUCUUCAGGUUGGUUUCCCCAGAGCCACCUCCCAAGGGCUUUCUAGUGAUUGGCUCCAAGUUCCGUUACAGCGGGCGGACCCAAGCCCAGACCAGACAGGCCAGUGCUCUAAUUGACAGGCCUGCCCCACAGUUCGAUAGGUCCGUUAGCAAGCGGUACAUGCUGCCUCGAAGCAUAGAUGGAGCCUCAGCUUUAGGUGAUAGUAUGGACCAGCUGUCCCAGAGAAGCUCCAGUGAACGCACACAAUUCAUGUCCAGAGAAGACCUGGACCAAGAAGGUAGCCUUGACCUGGAUCACGAUCACUAUCACUACCAGGACCAAGACCAGGACCAGCAUGCAGAUCAGGAAUUGGAACAUCAUGAAAGGAAAGAUCAGAAGCAAAUGUUUGGUGUCCACGUUUCAACGCCGAUCAAGACUUUGGAGCUCAAGGGUGAGGAGGCAGGCUCGCCUGUAGACUCAAAGCCAGAGUCGGACAAGGAUCUGGUCCCACUUCGACCCAAACAGGAGCAGUUUUUGGAUAAGCCAGAGGAUGUUUUACAAAAGCACCAGGCCAGCAUCAAUGAGUUGAAGAGGGCUUUGAAGCAACCCAACAGCAAGAUGGCCCAGAGGGAGAAGCGCCUCUCCUCAGCCACUCCUCCUGGAGGAACCCCUGAGAGGAAAUCAGAAACUCCUCCUACACCUGCGAUCUACGAGGAGCCUCUCAGCGAAGCUUCAAGGGAACCAUGGGAGAGACGUCUCGGCUCCGUAUCCGAGGAUGAUCAGGACCAUGAGAUCUUAUACCUGAAGGAAACUCACCUGGGCAUUGAGCGCAAAUGUUCCAGCAUCACAGUUAGUUCUACAUCCAGCCUAGAGGCCGAGGUAGAUUUUACAGUCCUCACAGACCUGCAAACGGGCAUGGAGGAGUUCUCUAGGGGUAUGUCGGAGUUAGGAGAGAGGGAUCUGUCACCUGAUGGAGGACUGUGCCUGGGUAUCGAUUUGCUUCAGCAACAUGGCCCCCCUGAACCGCCUCCUCCCACAGUGUCAGCACCUCCGUCCAAAGGGCCCACCAGCAGCCCUCCUGCCAGACCUAUCCAGCCUGAAGAAUCCCGACCAGAGGUGAAGAGGCCUGAAGGGCAGCCUGUUGUUCCCAAAAAGCCAAAGAGGUCAGUACCAGUGUCAUCAUCAGUGGACAGAGAUCACUCACACAGAGAAUCCAGUCACGUCUCCACCACUGCACCUCUGAGCAGAGAAGCCAGUGAUGUCAUGCCCACUCCAGUGGUGAGGAAAACGGAUGUCAGAACGGAGACUCAACCCAACGGGUCAGAGGUCACCACCACAAUUGUGGAGUUCACAGAUCAGGAUCAUGGCAUCACCGGCCUAAGUGAGGUUUCUUACUCUACGAGACAGAGUGUAUCCCCAGUGCACAAGAGUCUUGGAAGAGAGACGCCAGGUUCGCCUAUCCUUGUCACUGAAAAUGUUACCUCAGCAACCACUCACGUCACAAAGACGGUGAAAGGAGGAUACUCGGAGACAAGGAUAGAGAAGAGGAUCAUUAUCACGGGAGAUGACGAUGUAGACCAAGAGCAGGCUCUGGCUAUUGCAAUACAGGAAGCCAAGCAGCAACAUCCAGACAUGCAGGUGACCAAGGCAGUUGUUGUCAGGGAAACAGAAUCAUCCACUGAGGAUCGACAUGGUGCAUCGUAGAUUCAGUCUUUGUUUGCUAAGAGCGCCCCCCUUUGGACCACAGGUGUCAGUACCCGACUUGAAAUUGCCACCCACCAUCCCAAAUGAUGACUGCCAGCAGAGCUCUGAAGGAACCUCUUGUCCAAGUUUAUGCUGAAACAGGACUACUCUCACAUUCUGGCAUUUUAUUUUUAUCCAAGCAUCUACCCGAAUGCAUUCAGAAUGAAGCAGCGUUGUUUCACAGUGAAGCUGCAAAAGACAAACAAACAAACAUUCUUUUGUGUCUUUAAAUGGUCAAUAACUUGCCACAGAAAUCCAAACAUCUGCAAGAAUUAAAGACAAAAUCCAACGAAAUUCCCUGCAAAUCUCUCAGGGUAACUAUAAUAAAACAACUUGCUUAAGUAUUCCUUAAAGGUCAAAGGGAAUUAAUGUAGAAGGGAUAUGUUUAGAUAAUCUGCAUCCUCAUUCACUGUGGAACAAUCCAAGGUCAUCUGUCAUGAAGGCAUGCAUCCUAGGUAGAAUGCAUUAUUUGGGAAAUCAGGAAUAUGGGGUGUCUUAUGUGAUCCCUGAUUUAUAUGUAAAAAAAAGAGAAAAAAAACCUACUGGACAAACUUGCUGUGACUGUUUAUACUUUGUUGAUGACUAAAAUACUUCAUUAAAUGUAGCCCCAAUAUUGUUGAAGCAUCUAGUGAGGUAGGGUUUAAUGAGAGCAGAAGAAUUAGAAAUCUUCAGUAUAGUUUUCCCUCCUGCGUAGCAAGUCAGAUGAACAAAUGAGCUUUGUUUUACUCCAUCUCACUGCACGAUGAGGUUGCAUUGAUUAUAGAGAAUCAUUGUCCUCUGAAGUUGCUCAUUCAGCAGGUGCAAUCACUAUACUUCCCUUCAUCUGUUUCACUUUUAAUACUUCUUCUGUUUGGUGUGUUUUACUUUGACAUGUGGGUGGCAAGUGUGCAAGGAUAUGCAUAUACAGUACUAUAGGUGAUAUUAGGAGCUGUUGCAAAGAGUGUAUGUGUUGUAUUUAUUUGAAAUGGUGGCAAUGUAGUUUCUGAGCAUGCCAUGUCUCAGAAUUAGCCCAGUUUCCAUCCUCUCCCAGUCUUUUAGAUAUGCUUUCAGAGUUCAGCUGGAUGUAAUGCCACUUUGACCAUUUUGUGCGGUAAAUACAUAGAGUAGGCCUACACCCCAGUUGUAUCAGUAAAAGUAAUAUUUCAGCAAACGUUUGCAUGAUAAUUUCUUGCAUUAUUGGAUUGGAAUCAAGUAAAAUAGAUGUUGAUCCAGAAUAUUUCCAGGAUCAUGAUAGAAACACUUUGACAAAAUGUAAGCUGCAGAGGCUGAACUGUUCACAAUCUGAAGUCUGACUAGUAGAAGGAAAUUAGGUUUGCUGAGAGGAAAUUAAGAAUAAGAUUCAGACAAUUAUUGGAAAUAUUAAAAUCCCUGUAUUAUUAACCCAAUAAUGAAGCAUUGGCUGAAGUUGUUAUUUCUAUUUGUUUCAACCAUUUUGUAUUUUCAUCUGAUUUAAGGGCACCGGUGCUGUACAAUAUAUCUGAACAUAUCAGUUUGCUUUUCAUUUAAUUUUGUCUGUGAAGGAACAGUAAUGUGCCCAGUUAGAGCCACAUACUGUUGUAGUUACUGUUUUUUUAUGUUAAUUUACAACUAAUUUGUUAUUCAAGUUACUGAAAUGGUAAUAUGCAUCAGAGCUAUUCCAGCACUCUGUAAAGUACGUACUUAUAAAUAAGCUAUAAAGUAGGAAAAACAUCUUUGAACUUUUAGCUGUGUGGGAUUUAGAAAAUGCUUGUUAGAGGGAUGCCACAGACAUGUAAUGUGCCAACUAAGGUAGAAUUCAAAUUGUAAAAACCAGUUUUGUAAGAAAUAACUUUAUAUAAACAAACUUUUAAUUACAAAAGUGCCAGAGAGUCAAAUACAUAAACUUAGCAUGACAAGGAUCCCCUCUGAAUAUGUUGUCUAACAUAUAAAACAACAACAAAAAAAGUAACACUUCUUCUGUCUACUUGCAAAAGUCAUAUUUUAUAUACAAAUCAACAUAUUCAGCAUCAUUCAGUUGAUUCAAUUGAUAAAAACAAUGUUACAAACAGUCAUGCCAAGUUUAUGAGGGUAAUACUGAGGUAUAACUUUGGCUUUUAGAAACUAAAUUUUACAGUCAAUGUUUACAUGUCUAGUGUAACUCCUGUUGUAUUUAAGAGUUUGGUUCCAAAUUGUUUAAAGUGAUGGUUAAUGAUGGAAGUGGGUGUCAAACUAGAAGGUUGAAGAAGACAAAAAAAAAAAAUACCAUGCACACCUUGUACUUUUUAUUUGGUGCGGUUUGGUGGAUUGUAAAGAUGUGAAGUAGUAGAUGGCCUUUGGUUUGAUGCACACUAGAGGGCACCA